GGGGCCCUGCGGUCCGGUGUCUCCGCUUUUGGGGCGUCUCCGGCGGUUCGGGCGAAGGAGGUGAAGGAGGGGUAGGACGGGUAGGACGACACGAAGGAGGCAGGCAGUCGCUCAGUCAGACCGGACUAUCAGCGGCACAUUUCCAGAGUGCACGCCGGGAAAACUGCUUCCAAACCAGGGGGGAAAUUCAGUCAGAGGGACCCGCAAUGAGUUGGGGAACGGAGCUCUGGGACCAGUUCGAUAAUCUGGACAAACACACGCAGUGGGGGAUCGACUUUCUGGAGCGCUAUGCAAAAUUUGUGAAAGAGAGGCUGGAGGUUGAGCAGAACUAUGCCAAGCAGCUCCGGAACUUGGUGAAGAAAUACUGUCCAAAGCGCUCCAAAGACGAUGAGCCAAGGUUCACAUCCUGUUUGUCGUUUUACUCCAUCCUGAAUGAGCUGAAUGAUUAUGCUGGGCAGAGGGAGCUGGUGGCUGAGGAGAUGGCUCUCAAGGUUUACAAUGAGCUGAUGAGGUACAGCCAAGACCUCAAAGCCGAGAGGAAACACCAUCUACAGGAGGGCAGAAAGGCUCAGCAGUAUUUGGAUCAGUGCUGGAAGCAGAUGGACAAUAGUAAAAAGAAGUUUGAGAGGGAGUGUAAAGAAGCGGAGAAAUCCCAGCUAAACUACGAGCGCUUAGACAGCGACAUCAACGCCACCAAAUCGGAGGUGGAGAAGGCUAAAAACCAGUUCUACAUGCGCACUCACAUGGCCGAUGAGAGCAAGAACGAAUAUGCUGCUCAGCUUCAAAACUUUAACGGCGAACAGUGGAAACAUUUCAACAACGCAAUACCGCACAUCUUCAAGAACCUGCAGCACAUGGAUGAACGUCGAACUGUGAAGCUGGGAGAGACGUAUCGAAGCUUUGCAGAGGCAGAGCGGAAGGUCAUCCCUAUCAUCUCCAAAUGUCUAGAUGGAAUGGUUACUGCAGCCAAAGCUGUAGAUGAAAAAAAGGACUCAAGCUUAGUUGUGGAGUCCUUCAAGUCUGGCUUUGAACCCCCAGGCGACUUCCCCUUCGAAGACUUCAGUCAGAAUUUGAGCGGAACAGGAUCAGACGGGACUAUAAGUAACACGCCCAAAGGAGAAAGGGAAAGAGAUGUGGUGCAAGGGCCACGUUCUGAGCCAAAACCCACCUUGGGCAAAGCCAAGAACAAGCUGUGGUUGUUUGGAAAGAAACCAAAGUGGUCAGUAAAAAUGGCGCCGUCUCUGGAGGAUUUUAGCCACUUACCUCCGGAGCAGAGACGAAAAAGGCUGCAGCAGAGGAUUGAGGAGCUCAGCAGGGAGCUCCAGAAGCAGAUGGAUCAGAGAGAUGCUUUGAACAAGAUGAAGGAUGUAUAUGAAAAGAAUCCUCAGAUGGGCGAUCCCACCAGCCUGCAGCCGAAAAUAUCAGAGACCAUUUGUAACAUGGAGAAGCUGCGCUCAGAGAUCCAUAAGAAUGAGACCUGGUUGUCUGAGGUGGAGGGAAAACAGAGCUCCAGAGGAGACAGAAGACCCAGCACAGACAAUCACCAGCACACUCCCCAAGGCAGAGAAAGUCCUGAGGGAAGCUAUACAGAUGACACAAGUCAAGAGCAUCACACGCCUCACCGCCGGCCUGGUCCCACACAGCCCGCCAACCGAAACCCCGACCUUCACGAAUUUGACGAUGAAUUUGACGAUGACGACCCUCUGCCUGUCAUCGGCCACUGCAAGGCCCUGUAUUAUUUUGAUGGUAAGAAUGAAGGAACGCUGAUGAUGGCAGAGGAUGAGGUGUUGUACAUCAUAGAGGAGGACAAAGGCGACGGCUGGACCCGAGCGAGGAAGCAGAGCGGAGAGGAAGGCUACGUCCCCACCUCCUAUGUGGAGAUCACCAUGGAGAAAAACAGCAAAGGUGCCGUCACCUACAUCUGAAGCGUCGUCAUUCUCCUGUCUGUCAUUUCCUCCAUAUCGUCCUCACUCAUCAACUCAAAAAGGAUGAGGACAGCAUCUGCAUGGAAGUCUGUCGCCUGCUCUGUCUUCUUGUUUGCAUCCCAUCUCUCUUCCUCUUUGCCCGUUUGUUCCUCCAACGCUGCAGUCCUCUCAUACUUGUGAAGUGAUGCCUCAGAGGUGAGUCUCUCAGACAGACAAACGACAGAACCCUGUUCCAGCCUCCGGUUAAAGCUGCAGCACUUCAGAACGAUCAAAGUGUUCAAGAUCCAUCAGUGUAAUAUAUUAGAAACGUCACUGCCUGCUGAUUAUUUUAAAGCUUCUUUUUUUGUAUCUGGAGAUGUUCAAACUCCCUGAUUUUACGUUGAACUGUCAACAUUUGUACUUUGUGAAAUGUGUUUUUAGUUGAUCUGUCUUUUCAUGUUUCACAUGUUUGUGUUUCCAGUGCCAUCCCUCCAGACUCUGUCUGGAUUUUAACUGCAGUAAAACCUUUUCUAAAAUCUUUGAAAAAGAUACAGAAGAAAGCACUAUAGCUUUUUACAGAAUCCACUGUCACAUCAAUUUUAUGUCACUUUUUUAGUGCAUUUAAUAUUAUUUGUCAUUCACAAGUAUUACAUGCUAAGCAACAAAUUAAGGUCCCCUUAACGAAUGGACGGACUGUAUUUCCAACAGAAAAAAUAAACCGGAAAAAACAUUUGAUCAUUUAAAUAUUGAAAGAAAUCUUUUUUCCAGAUAUAUUUUUAUUCAUAGACUAGAUUUAACGCACGUUUUCAUCAUAUCCAAAGCUACAGAAGUUUAGUCAGAUUGAAUGUUUUAAAAUUGGUGACUAGGUUUCCCAUAAUACUCUAAUCUGUAACUGAAGCUCGAUGUCAAACAGAAAAAGGUUCAGAGCGCUGUCUUCACAUUUUAUUGUUGUAAUUUUUUACUUAAAUUUACGUUUAUCCUCCCAGUUGGAAGACUUUUAGGGAACUAAUUGUGUUAUUUCAAUUAUUUUAAGAGGUUUCUUUUUUUUUUUUUUACUUUAAAAAGAUGUUUAUAGAAACUUCUUCCAGCUGUUUUCCUGCACACUCACGUGUCCCCAUAAUUCCAGAGAAAGUGCGGGUUUUUCUUCAUAAUUUUGGACAUUAACGUUAUCAGACUGUUGGCUUCUCUAACAGCUACAAAAAUGGGCCCCAAUGACAGCUGCGGGGAGCAAUUGAGUAAUGUAAUUACUGCCAGUGUUGUGUUGUCAUUCUGACGGUGUCCAAUAAAAUCCUUAUUGACAUACUUCCGCAUUUAACAUCCCACCUUGUCUUUAUAUCCUGCAAAGUUCAUGUUUUAAUAGAACUAGACAAAAAAAUCCAGAUUUUAUUACCAAAUAUGAAACAUUUAAUUCAUAAAGAGUUUCUUCUCUGAGCUUCAGGUUGGAUCUAAGUGAUGAUUUGGGUAACCGUCUCUCUUUUCCAUGUGACUGCAGGUUCCUGAGGGCUGCAGAGUGGCCAGGCGAUUUGAUUGGCUGGUGGAGGGCUCAUGCUGAUUGCUGAUUAUUGGUGGUGGGGCUGAUUGUGCAUUAAAGAAAGAGGAGAAGGGGGGGCGGCAUCUGCAUGUCUGCAUGCUCACAUAUCCACUAUCAGGGUAGAAGUUGGUAGAAUACAUGAUCCCAAAGUCGCAAACAGGUAACAACGUCUUGUACAUCCAUAAAUAUUUGCACUAAAAGGAGUGUUUGCAGCAUUCUCACUGGGAGGUGACAUCUGCUCCAGAUUCUUAUAGUAACAUGAUUCUGCAUGUUGAUCAACCCUGCUCUGUAGAAAAAUAAGAUCUAACCAUCUACAGUUCAUAAACUUAAUCUGUGCAAUCAGAGUAGUUUGACCUGAUCAACAUCACGAGGGAAAAGGUCUUUAGUUUUGACCGAUGCUGCUUGUAAUCAUCCAUUAAUAGUUAAAUUGCCCCUGAGAGAAGAAUUAGUGCAGCCAGCAGUUUUAUUCCGACCGUUGCCUGCUGGAUUUUAUUAACUGUUACUAAUCUUUGCCUUUUAAACUGUCAUAUCAUUAUUGAAACCUGUUAGCUUUAGGCUAAAUCAGACCCGGAGGCUCAUAAUUUGUGCAGAGGUGAGAGCAUAAAUAAAUAUUCAGUUAAUCUUUACUAAGGGGAUUUGUUCCUCCUGAGCUUUUGAUUCCACAUCUUUGUACUUCAAAUAAAACCCAUGAGACUGCCAGUAAAGCCUCUCUGCUGCAGCCUUAAUGCCUUUGUCUUCACUGAAACACAUAGAACAGGCAACAAGCUUUAAGUUGUCACCCUCGCCUGUGUUUGCUGCACAACUCUGUUAAAAGCUGCUUCAGCAGAAACGCAGAUUUACAGUCAGGGAGUUGUGCGUAGUUCUUUUUAAACCACUAACAUUGUCAGCGCUGCUCGCUUCAGCUCACUCCUAUCCUCAUCUGUGCUCUGUUGGUGAUGUCUGCCUGCCUGAGCCACUCUGCUCCUCAUGCCUGCCCCCAACCUUCAUCAAGCCGCAUGUUUGUAACAUCCUCCCAUUAGGAUUCAGUUGUGUUUGUGAAGCCGUGAUUUAUGUUUAACUCCAUUCUGUCAUUUUCCUCCUUUCCUGAAGCAUGAUUUAUUUUAAGUAACAAGUGUCAGAAUGGAUGAAGCAGACAGCAGGACUUUCAGGUGAAUAGAGGACCCCUUUUGUCCUCUUCCGCUCCAUUUCCUUUGUUUUUCUCUUGGGAUACAAUACCACCCGUUGAACAGCAGAGGGCGGCCUUCUCCAAAGCCCUGCUCAGUGGUGAGCUCUGGACUCUGCCUUAAACCCUUCACACUGUAACCAUGGAGACUUUUUGAAGAAAAAACAAUGUUUGCUCCCAUCUUUUGACUACAUCUCCCAUCAUCCAUCAGGGCUGUCACCAACCCCCUCAGACGCGGUUCCACAAACCUUUUUUAAUUCUGUUUGUGAAUGUGACGACAGACACAAAUGAAAUGUAAAUAUGAACAUCUGUCAUGUCUUGCUGAAUGUGUUUCUAUGGUGAUUGUCUUUAGGUUUGUUUGAACUGAACCGAUGCACUUUGUCCCGAUUUACUACAGCAUUUGAACAUGAUUAAAGAGUGAACGGAUGAGUCUGCACUGAUUGUAGAGAAGUGCUCCAUUUUAUUAUGACCACUAAGCAAAAGAAAUUGAUUUUAUACCUGUUUUGUAACUUUCCCUUCUUUUUAUAGACUCUCUAAUCUGUAAUGUUUCUCUUAAUUGUUUUUUGACUGCAAAAUGUUUGAUAAAGUGCACAGUAAGAUUGCUCUAGGUUAAAUGAAAAGCAUAGGAGUCCUUUCAUGAAAGCCAGAAGGUGUCUGAGCUUUAAUUUUUUUGGAAAAAAAAAAAGCUGUGAAAUGAUCAGAACAAUGCUGUAGAUUUUACUUGAAUCUGUAAUUCCUCAUCGUGUCACUGUUUCCAUCUGUGACCGUUUAGCAAUCAAUACUGGAGGAAUGGUUGAACAUUAAAAUAAUCCACCUUUCAGGUCUUUUUGCUUUGAAAUCAAUCUGCUUCCCUAUUGCCUUUUGUUAAAAUAAAGAAAAAGCAAAUAAUAAAUGGC